AUGCAGAAUCUGACUGAACUUCCAACCAACGGAACCUCCCACAGGAGCCUGUCUGUGAUCAUCAAGGUGUGUGUGGUCAUCCCCUUCUUCUGCGUCUUCCUGUUCUGCAUCGCUGUCAUGCUGCACAUCUUUGCGUCCCACAGGCAGUUCCUGGACACGUCCCGCUACAUCCUGUUCGCCACCAUGCUGGUCAACGACACCCUCCAGCUCAUGACCUCUGUGCUACUCUUCCUCUUUAUCAUGGGUCGGGUGAACUUUGCUCUGGUAUACUGUGUUCCCCUGCUCUUCAUAUCCACCGCCACCUUCCAGAACACCCCCUUAAUCCUGGCCACCAUGUCACUUGAGCGUUACAUUGCCAUCAUCUACCCCCUGCGACGGCCGGCCUCCUGGCGCUCAGACCGUAUCUGGAUCAUUAUUCUGUCUCUCUGGUUCAUCAGCUGCAUCUUACCUGUCAUUGACUUCUCCAUCGGGAAACGUGAUCCUUCUGUGAAUAUCCUCUCCACCCCUGUGAUUUGCAAAACUACUGUUGUCAACCCGUCUCCGAUCCAGACAUUGGUCAAAGCUGCUGUCAGUUUGCUCUUCUUUGCAGUGGUCGCUGUCAUCAUCCUCUUUACAUAUGUGAGAAUCCUGCUGGAGACCAGGAAGCUGAGACAGGACAGAGUGUCCGUGAGUAAAGCCAUGCACACGGUGCUGCUGCACGGCUUCCAGCUGCUGCUGUGCAUGCUGGCCUUCGGCAAUCCCAUCACUGAGUCUCUCAUAGUGCUGCAUGCCAACUGGCCUCCAGAAGAUAUCGCCUUUUUUAAUUACUUCUGUUUCAUCUUGAUCCCACGUUUUCUGAGUCCGCUCAUCUACGGCUUCAGAGACCAGAGUCUCAGGGGCUACAUCGGGAAAACGUUCCUCUGCUGCUCAAAGAAAGUCAAACCCUGGUCAUAG